GUUGGCUCUGGUUCGAUUGCUCAUUUUUGGCUUGACGACUGGACCGAUCUGGGACCGUUGAUUGAUCUUACUGGCCCAACUGGGCCGCAGGUUACAGGUCGUCACCUUAUCACAACUCUUUUGAAGUCUGUUAUCCCUCCCAUUUCGAACCUCUCGACGACAACAUAUACUUUCAAGUGGAGAAACUCUGCUAAUGAGGUUCCAAAACACGCUUUCAUUCACUCGGUUAUCGCUAGGGACAGACUACCCACUCGAGACAGACUUCAAAGUUGGGGAUUGCAAGUGUCGGACCUCUGUCUCCUUUGUAGCACAGAUACAGAGACUCGUGAUCAUCUCUUCUUCAGCUGCCCUUUCUCGGCGUCUGUUUGGAGAUCCUUCUUCUCACAUCCGUCUUUAAACCCGCCUCCAUCUUACGAUGAUAUUGUCACCUGGGUAAGAAAUUACUCUCUUAUACCUAAGGUAACAGUUAUUAAGAAGCUCUUGCUCCAUGCAGUGCUUUAUGAGUUGUGGAAAGAAAGGAACUCAAGGCUACACAGUACGGUAUCCAAGCAAUCUGUGCAGGUUAUCCGAGAGGUCCAAGCACUCAUGCGGCAGAAAUUGGCGGGUCUAGACAGACCGCUACAACAUUCGCUCAACUAUAUCCCCCACGAAGCUUCCUACCUUUCCACC